AGCAGCAGCUCGGCUCAGGCAGCAGACGGCGGCCCCAUCCACCGUUCCCCCCCGUCCACCUCCAUCCUCCUUCCUCUCCUCUUUUGCUCACUCCUUUGCCUUCCGUCGCCGGCUCGGCGAAAUGUCCGCCAGACCAGGAUUUUACCGGCAGGAGUUGAACAAGACUGUGUGGGAGGUGCCGGAGCGGUACCAGAACCUGACGCCGGUGGGCUCCGGAGCCUACGGCUCCGUGUGUUCGGCGUAUGAUGUUGUCUUACGGCAGAAGGUUGCGGUGAAGAAACUGUCCAGGCCUUUUCAGUCUCUGAUCCACAGCCGCCGCUCGUACCGGGAACUCAGGCUGCUCAAGCACAUGAAACAUGAGAAUGUAAUAGGGCUGCUGGAUGUCUUCACACCUGCUGCAGCACUAGAGGACUUCAAUGAACUCUACCUGGUGACUAACCUGAUGGGUGCUGACCUCAAUAACAUCGUUAAAUUUCAGAGGUUGUCUGACGAGCAUGUGCAGUUCUUAAUUUACCAGCUCCUCCGCGGCCUCAAGUACAUCCAUUCAGCAGGAUUGAUCCACAGAGACCUCAAGCCAAGUAAUGUGGCAGUGAACGAGGACUGUGAACUGAGGAUCCUUGACUUUGGAUUGGCCAGACAGACAGAUGAUGAGAUGACAGGGUAUGUGGCAACACGGUGGUAUCGAGCGCCGGAGAUCAUGCUGAACUGGAUGCACUACAAUCAGAACGUUGAUAUUUGGUCAGUGGGAUGCAUUAUGGGAGAGCUGCUGAAGGGAAAAGUCCUUUUUCCUGGCACUGACUACAUUGACCAGCUGAAGAGAAUCAUGGAGGUGGUCGGGACUCCGACAUCCGAUCUGUUAAAGAAGAUCUGCUCUGAACAUGCGCAGAAGUACAUCCAGUCUCUGCCCUUCAUGCCCCAGCAGGACCUAGAAAAGAUCUUCAGAGGCGCAAAUCCACUCGCUGUCGAUCUAUUGAAGCGUAUGCUGGUUCUGGACUGCGAUGGGAGGAUCUCGGCCAGCGAGGCUCUGUCCCACCCCUACUUCUCACAGUACCACGAUCCAGACGACGAGCCGGAGGCCCCGCCUUACGAUCAAACGCUGGAGAGUAAAGAUCGAACUCUAGAAGAAUGGAAAGAGUUGGUAUUCGAAGAGGUGAACAGCGCCAAAGCGUCCGGUAGCAAGACUGAUAGCCUUCAGGUGGAGCAGUAAUCCUCCUUCUGCUCCGCCUCAACCUUUACCUGAAGAAGGACCACGUACUCAGUGAGUGGGAGAAGGACUGUGGCAAGCCAACUGAAGAGAACUCUGCAUUCCCUCUGCUCAGUGUGACUGUGUUUGGUUGCCUGUCAUGAGUUUAUUUGAGCAGCAGGGCAGGACGGUCUCCACGGGAUCAGAUGCACACAUUGCAAUUACAGGGAGCGUUUUAGAAUCUGAUGGAGGGAGCUUUCCUGUCCGUAAAGUUGCUUCCUCUUAUGUUUCCGCUCAGUGGGGCUAAAAUGAGGAACCAACUUGGCUACGUCAGGACUCGCAGAGGUCGUCAGGAUUCAUACGAGGGAGCAACUUCACUGUGCUUACAGACCGAUGGAGGGCUGUCAAAGGAAGAAAAUAAAUGCACACUAGGAUUUCCAAAGCGACGACAGAGUGCCGUCUGGUCCCUCAUCAUGACAAAUGCCAUAAGCAGUCACUGCUUUCAUAUAUGGAGUUCAUAUUUAAAGACUCGCAGCAAUGCCGCGUCAUGCCACAGAACAGCUUCGCCUGCACACUACUGCAUGAUUUUAUGUGCAUUUUAUUAUUGCAGAAUAUUACUGGUGCUGUACUAUAACCAUUAAGACUGCUUAUUGCAUCUGCCACGCUGCUGUAAAACCAGCCUGAGGGUCAGAGAGCAGCGUUACCAGGAAAUGUGACCGACUUUCAACCUGUUUUAUCUUUAUGAUUUCCGCACAGUAAAAGAAAAUCACACAAAAGCAAACAAGAGCUACUGCUCUUUCUCGUAUGGAAGUCAUCCUCUCCUGCUUACAGAAUAGUAAACACCAACUGUGCUAUUAAUUAGCAAGGUAAUUGAUAUAUGCCAAAGCUGGAACAGAGUGACUGUAUUGCAGGUCUGUGUUUACAGUGUGACCUCGCUUCUCAUAUACAGUUUCCGCUGAUGGCUGUUUUCUGAUCGUCAGGUUUCCAUAGUUCUCCGCUGUGUCUUUUACAGCCCCGGUUUGUAUUUACGUUAAUUAAGAUUACGGGCAUUUUGUAAACUGUUAGAAACAGUUACCAGACAGUGCGCUGGAUAAUAAUACAUCAACGAGCAGCUCCAUCCAAACAAUCACUGGUCAAACACUCCACUCUGAUGAUUCCCGUAAAGCUGCCGUAUUUGGCUGCUUGCGGCAACCAGGGAGCUCAUUAGUGAUCUUUCAUGUUUCCUCAGCUUCUUUUUACAGUUUUUCAGUAAAGAAAACAAACCAGAUUGAGAACAUUCAUUAGCGGCCACAAUAUAAAAGUACUUAGGAUGUUCUUCAGCUCGAUUGAAAUUGCAAUAAUGCUGAACUUUAUUGCAUAUUGCGACAUUAUUAUACCCAUAAUCAUCUUAAAUGGCCUUCACAGGUGGAAUCUGUAUAAGCAGCAUGAGCUCAGUGCAUAUACAGAUUAUUACAUGGAAGGGCUGAAUCCGUCACUGACAUUGCGUCAUUCUUCUUGCAGCAGACUGGAGUUUUAGUUCGACAGACUUCUCGCUGAGGUAGAAAUCAUCUGGUUGCGUUAAACUGUAGUGGGCAAACCACAGGUUUUCCAACUUCACAGUGAAGGUCAGGGAAAAUGUCAAGAGGGAAAAGAGGACGACACUGAUAUUGUGGAGUCCCGUUCUCUGAUAUUAACUCAAGAAACAGAGUCUAGCACCUCGUCUUGUGUGAUGGGAUAAAAUCUGAUUUUAAGGGGAUAUAAAUCUGUAAAUCAAACUCGAUCAGUCAGUUCAGGACACAAGUUGGAUACUAAUGGCAGGUGGAAAGCAGAUACAUGUUUGUCUUUAUGACCUUUUACCAAGUAGCAGCACAAGUAGCUCUUUCGGUUAGCUAAAGAACGUCAAGCUAGCUCUGAUUUUAGGGUUUAAAUCAGUUGUGUUUUUAUGUAUAGUGUUCUUUCAUAGUCACGCAGGUUAAAACUGUGGUUCCUUUGCUCAGUCCACUCAAGUUUAACUCAACCAGUGAGAUUAUUCCUGCUCAAACACAAAUCAUUUUUGAGGAACACAAGAAAGGAAACCGACUCUUCUGUUGUUUUUGUUUUUCCUGUAAUGGCGCACGCUGGAGUGCUACAUGUAGCCCUUUGUGCAAGUCGUCCAUUAACACUGGAUGCAAAAUGUUGAAUUUACAGUCCAAAUGAAUCAAAACUGUCUGUCUCAGUCGAAGUGUGUUAGAGCUCAGAAUGCUAAAGUGUCAUGUGCUUAUGUGGAUGUUGUAUAUGUGGUGGAUUUGAAUAGCAAACUGCAAAUCGAAUGUAUACGUAUACUGUAUGUAUGUAUGUAACAAGUUAGAAGUGUCUUUUGAAUACAUGGUGGCAUGUGAUUCAACAGUAGCCAUGAGUUUCAAAUCACUAACAGAAUGUCAACUCUCAGUUUUCAGAUGAUUCAGAUGAUUUUCUCAUUCAUCAGCGGGUUACAUGACUUGGCAAGUCUCGACUUCAGCAGAAUAAAGAUCCUCA